AGAUGGUGCAGCCCAAGUUGUUGAUCUCUCGGUGGUCUCUUUCAGGGUGAGUAUUAUCUUGAGGGAAGUUAUGCGUUUCGGUAGAAGCAGGCACGAUAUCGCUCCUUUGAUCCCGGACGGGAAAGUUGCCCCGGACGAAAAGGUUGCCAAUGUGAAUCAAAGCUGCCAUCAUGUCUGAUCUGUGCCUACGACCAUACACAGUAUGCUCAUCGCCUCCAGCUUUAUCUUUCAUUCAUACAACGCGAUUUCUGCAUCGUCAUUCGUUCAAGAUCAAGCUUCACAUACUUUGCAGACGGUAUAGCCGUACCAGCUACAACUACGUCUCCUUUCCAUCUUGGGAGUCCUCAUACACGAGACUAGGCACAGAACUUCGACCCUAACUCAUCAGCCCACAAUGGCCCCUAUCACUACAGCCCCUUUAAUAUGCGCAGCCUGCAAGAAAACCGCCACCGAUCUCAGAGUCCUCAACAAAACCUUCAAGCCAUGCGAAAAAUGCAAGACAAUCCAAUACUGCUCCGUCGCCUGCAAGAAAGCCGACCACAAACGCCACAAGAAGAUCUGCGCCGCGCUCGAAAAGGAGUACACCAGCGCACAGGCAAGGCAAGAAAAGAAAACCCCACCGCUACCACCACCCGCAACGCCCAGCUCCGAAACCCUCGUCCCAUACACCCCAGCCAGCCACCAAAGAACAGUCGCCCAACAACUCGCCGCCACCCUCGAGCAGCGCGUCAAGCUCGAGCAAAACAUGAAGGCACCCACCGCAGGCCUCAUGACGCCCUCCGACCUAGCCAGCGGCAUCAAGUCGAACCCGCUCUACUGGAAGUUCCUGGACGAGUCGAUGCGCGCAAACAACAUGUACGCCACAAUCGAGAACAUCGACACGCCGAUCCACGAGCCGCUCACGCGGCUACACGAGAACAGAUUCCUGCACGACCUCGCGCCCAACGACACGUUUGCCCUGCUCAUUGACGCCUUCCGCCUCGACGAGCACCGCAGGAACAAGGCUGAUAGGCCUUCGGCCGACGGCAUCUACACGGGCGCGCCAAACGACCUGGUGCCGUUUCGGAGGUUUGUUGCGCGCGCGCAUGCGCGGCCGAGUUUGCUGCCGCCGUGGUGGAAUGAGGCGUGGAGUCAGGCGGAUGCGGAGCUGUAUGGCACGUGGGAGACGGUGUAUAGUGGUGAUGUGUGGGUGAUUGAGCGGUUUAGCAAUCUGUUUGAGACGAUGGAUCCGGAUGGGGUGGCGGAGUAUUAUGAGAAUUCGAUGGUGCCGAUGUAUUUGGUUAUGUUUGCGAUGAGGGUGUGGGAUCGUGAUGCGCAUAUUGGGGACUUGAUGGUUGAGGCGUUGGAGGAGAAGGAGAAGAUGGUUAAGGUGUACGGGAGUGGGAUUGGGAAUGGGGAUGGGAAUGGGAAGGCGGGUUUGGGAGGAGAGGGUAAGGUGGAUGGAGAGGCGGAGGGGGAGAAGGAGGAGGAGGAAGUAGAGGCGGAGAGUGGGACGGGGAGUGAGCUGAAUAUGUUGCUGCAGCCUCUGACUUUGAAAGACAAUGAUAAGUCUGAGGAGAAGAAGCCUGAUGAGAAGGGCUCUGGAAAGCAGAACUCUGAGAAACCGGAAGCGAAGAAACUAGAAGACAAGGAGCCAGAGGAGAAGUCUGAAAAGCAGAACUCUAAAAGCACAGCCUCGGAAAGAUCAGAAGAGAAACAGCUAGAAGGAAAGAAACUAGAAGACAAGAAAUCGGAAGAAAAGAAAGAAAGAGAAGAAAAUGAAGGGGUUAUGACAGGCGAGAAGGCCUCGGCGAAGGAAGAAGAUGAGGAGAAAAAGGCAGAGGAAUUGUAAGAAUGACAAGAGUGAAGCGUUGAGAAACAGAUCGUUACCAGGAGUAAAUUACUCAAGCCAAACAAAAACGUACGUGAGAUUAUCAAGAAGACAUUGUAGUCUUAGAGCAGAUAGCAGAGUUGGGUAUCUGAAACUGAACCAAGACCAUAAGACAGGAGUAAAAUACAAGCAAAGCAAUCACUGA